AUGUCGGGAAGCUCCAAGUCGCAGGAGGUUCGACCAGCCCCGACUCUGGAGUCCAAUCACCCGGCGCGGGGAACUGAGAUCCCCCGAUGCGGGAGCUUGAUCGCCCGAAUGCGGAGGGCUCAACCACCAGUUGCGGGAGCCAAGAUCGCCCCCGACAACAGAAGGAAUCAACCCCAAGCUUCUGAGUUGGAGCUGUCCAACGUUAACAACUGUAAUAACAAUGAUGAAGAAAAAGAAAAAAAGAAAGAAUCCAAAAAGAAUAAAAAAGAAAAAGGUAAAUCUGAUGGCAAAAAAGAAAAGAAAAAGGAUAAAGAGAAGAAAAAGGACAAAGAGAAUAAUAAAAAUAAAGAGGAAGAAAAAGGGAAGGUAGAGAAGAAAGAUGAGAAGAAAGAUGAGAAGAAAGAUGAGAAGAACGACGAGAAGAAUGACGAGAAGAACGACGGCAAGAUAAGCCUGGCGGAAUGGACAAAAAGGAUACCCGUUUUGGACCCAGCAGGAAACGUGUACUACACUUGGCUCAUGAUAAUUACUAUGCCAGUGAUGUAUAACUGGACAUUGGUCAUAGCAAGAGCAUGUUUUGAUGAACUCCAAGCAGAUUACUUGAUCGCAUGGUUCAUCCUUGAUUAUGCAUCAGAUGUUAUUUACAUCAUUGACAUGUUGUUAAGGACAAGGACAGGUUAUCUGGAACAAGGUCUCUUAGUCCAUGAUGAAAAGAAGCUCAGAGAAAAUUAUUUUACUACACUGCAGUUUAAAUUAGACAUUUUCUCACUCAUACCAACUGAUAUUCUGUAUUUCCUUUUGGGACUAAAAUAUCCAGAAAUUAGAUUAAAUCGUUUGACUCGGAUCAGUCGAAUGUUUGAGUUUGUGUCAAGAACUGAAACAAGAACAAACUACCCGAAUAUUUUCAGAAUAUCCAAUCUUGUCAUGUACAUCGUAAUUAUCAUCCAUUGGAAUGCUUGCGUGUACUAUUCAAUUUCAAAGGCUAUAGGGUUUGGAACGGACACAUGGGUAUAUCCAGAUGUAACCAUUCCAGAAUUUUCUCGGCUUGCUAGGAAGUAUAUAUACAGCCUCUAUUGGUCAACACUGACACUGACCACCAUUGGGGAAACCCCUCCUCCAGUAUUGGAUUCAGAAUACUUUUUUGUGGUGGGCGAUUUCUUGGUUGGAGUGUUGAUUUUUGCCACCAUUGUUGGUAAUGUUGGUUCCAUGAUUUCCAACAUGAAUGCAGCUCGUGCAGAGUUUCAAUCAAGGAUUGAUGGCAUCAAACAGUACAUGCGCUUCCGAAAAGUCAGCAAAGAUUUGGAGAAGAGAGUUAUCAAAUGGUUUGACUACUUGUGGUCAAACAAAAAAGCUGUAGAUGAAAGAGAGGUCUUGAAGUAUCUUCCAGAUAAGCUCAGAGCAGAGAUUGCAAUCAACGUCCAUCUGGAUACACUGAAGAAAGUUCGCAUCUUUGCAGAUUGUGAAGCUGGUCUGCUAGUUGAGUUGGUAUUGAAGCUAAGACCCCAAGUGUAUAGCCCCGGCGAUUAUAUAUGUCGCAAAGGAGACAUUGGUAGAGAGAUGUACAUCAUCAAAGAAGGGAAGCUGGCAGUCGUUGCUGAUGAUGGAAUUACUCAGUUUGUGGUUCUCAGUGAUGGCAGCUACUUUGGUGAAAUUAGUAUUCUGAACAUCAAAGGUAGCAAAGCUGGGAACAGAAGAACAGCAAACAUUAAGAGUAUAGGCUACUCAGAUUUGUUCUGCCUCUCGAAGGAUGACCUCAUGGAAGCCCUCACAGAGUAUCCAGAUGCAAAAGCUAUGCUGGAGGAAAAGGGGAAACAGAUUCUCUUGAAGGAUGGUCUUCUGGAUCUGGAUAUUGCCCUGCUUGGAGCUGAUCCAAAGGAUAUAGAGGAUAAAGUGACAAGACUGGACCUUGCAAUUGAGCAUCUGCAGACCAAAUUUGCUCGCCUUCUGGCCGAAUACAAUGCUGCACAACAGAAGCUAAAAGAAAGAGUGAUGAAGAUUGAGAACAAAAUAAAACAAUCAGGAGUACAGUUUGAUUAUUCAGGACUGAUAGAUGUUGAAGUAAAGGCCGAAGAUGAAGAGAUUAAAAAAGAAUAG